CUAAAAAGGCCCUAUUUUCCUCUGCCACGCUCAAUCCUCGCAGAAAACAGUUCUUGAAAACACCAACCAAACAGGCCCCUAGAGACUUCACGGGCGAAUCUGGUGUUUCACCUUAACAUUUUUCACCGAAGGUCCUCUCUGCUGCUGCUUCUUCCUCGUCAAUGGCGGCUACUAUCCUUCUCCCUCAAACUCCCACUUUCUCCAAAUCCCUAAAAUACCCUUUAAACCCCAAGUCAUUUUCUCCAUUUCCCAACUUACUUCUCAGACCCUCCCCUAAAACCCUUAAAACCCUGACGCACAAAGCUGUUCUAUCCCAAAACCCUGCAAAAACCUUAACCCCAGACGCACAAGCCAAGAAAUUUCAACACUGUUUCAGAAAAUCCGAAGAUGGGUUUCUCUACUGCGAAGGUCUCAGAGUCCAAGACGUCAUGAACCAAGUAGAGAAAAGGCCAUUUUACCUUUAUAGUAAACCACAAAUUGCGCGAAAUUUUGAAGCUUAUAGGGAGGCUUUGGAGGGUUUAAGAUCGAUUAUUGGGUAUGCGAUUAAAGCCAACAAUAAUUUGAAGAUUUUGGAGCAUUUGAGGAAGUUGGGGUGCGGUGCCGUUUUGGUGAGCGGGAACGAGUUGAGGUUGGCUCUUCGAGCUAGGUUUGAUCCAACAAGGUGUAUCUUUAAUGGGAAUGGGAAGCUUUUGGAGGAUUUGGUGCUAGCUGCCCAAGAAGGUGUCUUUGUCAAUGUUGAUAGUGAAUUUGAUUUGGAUAAUAUUAUAUUAGCUGCAAGAAUUGCUGGCAAGAAGGUCAAUGUUUUACUUAGGAUCAAUCCAGAUGUGGAUCCUCAGGUCCACCCAUAUGUAGCUACUGGGAACAAGAAUUCCAAAUUUGGUAUUAGAAAUGAGAAGCUGCAAUGGUUUCUUGAUGCUGUAAAGGCACAUCCCAAUGAGCUGAAGCUUGUGGGGGCCCAUUGCCAUCUUGGGUCUACCAUUACCAAGGUGGACAUAUUUAGGGAUGCUGCAGUUCUUAUGGUCAACUACAUUGAUGAAAUCCGAGCUCAAGGCUUUGAAAUAAGUUACCUAAAUAUUGGAGGUGGUCUUGGGAUUGAUUACUAUCAUGCUGGUGCUGUCCUUCCCACUCCGAGAGAUCUUAUAGAUACAGUUCGGGAGCUGGUUCUUUCACGAGAUCUUAAUCUUAUCAUUGAACCUGGGAGAUCACUUAUUGCUAACACUUGCUGCCUAGUUAAUCGGGUCAUUGGAGUGAAAACUAAUGGAACAAAAAAUUUUGUUGUGAUUGAUGGCAGCAUGGCUGAACUUAUCCGUCCUAGUCUUUACGAUGCUUAUCAACACAUAGAACUGGUGUCUCCUCCACCUUCUGAUGCUCAGAUUUCAACUUUUGAUGUGGUGGGCCCUGUCUGCGAAUCUGCAGAUUUCUUGGGGAAGGAUAGAGAAUUUCCCACUCCACCUAGGGGAGCUGGCCUGGUUGUUCAUGAUGCGGGUGCUUACUGCAUGAGCAUGGCAUCAUCUUACAAUCUCAAGAUGCGCCCACCUGAGUACUGGGUUGAAGAUGAUGGAUCCGUGUCCAAGAUCAGGCAUGGAGAGACAUUUGAAGACCAUGUAAGGUACUUUGAGGGGCUUUGAUUGUAUGGUGGCAGACAUUGACAUUCCUACUUAGGGCUAAGAAGCUUGUUUGUUGCUUUCAAUCUAUGCAUGUUCAAAACUUGUCUUGAACAUGGUUUUUUUUUUUCUUUGGUUCUUGGGGUUUUAUUUGAGAGUUUUGGCAGCUUGAUUGGGAUGAGGACAGGUUUCCUCAUCUUAGCCGUCCAUUUCCUCCAUUAAAGGCUAUUUUGGCCUUUUGUGGGGCUCUUUUGUACCACUUUUGGGACCACUUUCUGCCACCUUGUAGAGGGAGCAGGUCCAUUUUGUAGGAAGGCUGCAGAUUGAGACGUGUUCAAUGGGAGAUUUCUCAAUUUGUUAGUGGGCUGUUAUAGAGAGGAUAAAGGAAGAAAGCUGGGGUUUUUUUUUUGGGAUUGAUAGAGAGAAGCAGAGGAGAGAACAAAAGAGGAGCUAGAGAAAGAACUAGAGGAAGCGAGUUGAGUUUUGUUGGUUUUGCGAAGAGAAGGAGAGCUCGAAGCCAAGCGACCUUCACUUGAGAGGAGGUUUUUCAGGUAAGGACCCUGUAUUCACCAUUGUUCCUGUUCAUUAUUUUCUCCAUCUUGCUUCUAGAUGGUACUGUUUGUUUUGGGUGUGGAUAUCAGGCCAUAUGUUUAGCUUUCAUUGAUUUCUGGAAUGACUAUGGAUUUGUUGUCAUCGUUUUAUCUUCUAUUCUUCUUGGUUUUGCUGGAGAGUAACUUAACUCUGUUUUAGUCCCACUGUGAGAUAUCUCAGUAUUCACAUCCCUGAUUCUUAUAUGAACCUAUGGUCUCUCAACCAGCUUGCAAGCCCAUGGAUAACUCAUGAAAUGAGGCUUCGUUUAAUGCUCUUUUGGUUCACUUACUCUUGCUCUCUUUUUGUUAAUGGUCCUUGUUUUAUGCUUCUCUGCUUCUGGUAUCCGUCUGUGGUGCACUUGGGUUUAUGCAUCUCCGCCUGAGGGUGCUUGGUCUUCGUUUGGCUGGUAUCCUAUGCUAGUGGAGCUACUGGGUUUGCGAAUCAAAGUUAUGGAUACAGAGGGUAUGGUGGAAGUGAGGGAUCUUACGAAAAUCCGACUGGUUAUGGUUAUGUUGGAAGUGGUCCAAAUAGCAAUAUUGUGGGGAAGAGUUACAGAAUGAGGUUGUGGGCAGUGAGCAGACUCUUUCCGUGAAAAUGACUAUGCAUUUCAAGAAGUUCAGAGCUCGCAUUAACGGGAUACAAAUGCACAUGAAGGAGAUCCAUACAUUCUCAUAUUUCACACACUCAUCAGUGCUGAUAGAGCAGAAAUCGAAUUCAUAAAGCAAGGAAGCUUCAGUCCUAAGGAGCUUGAUGCCUUGGCUUCUGUGUUAAAAUUUUCUGGCAGAAGAAUGGAACAAAACAAAACAUUGGAAAGAAGCCAAGAUUUCACCCGCCACAGAUAUGUUACUGGCGAGGAUCCAAUAUCAAAUGAGAAGGCACAGGACAAGUCUGGAGUUUCAUUGGGUAAUCAAGGUAUUGCCAUGAGAGCUGAGCAAGAGGAGACCAAGAAAGUGACAAUUGUCAUCCAGGAGCAAGCAUGUAAUAUCCAUACUUCUAGUGUUUUAGUUGAUAUGGAUCUCAAAUCAACUGACGGAUCUUAUUGUUCUUGCCAAAAUGAGAUGCCAACAAGCUCACCAACAACACAUGACAGUACUGGUCAGAAUCCAAAAUAUCUCAAAGUUCCUAACCACUUGAGGCUUUAUCUUCCUGAGGUUUCUCUCAAGUUGGAUAAGAUAACGUUUCUUGAUGAUGACAUUGUUUUACAGAAAGACUAGACUGGAUUAUGGUCGGUGUAUCUCCUUCAAACCAUGCUGCCACCUAGAGAGAUAUUGAGGCUUUUGGUCGUUCUUAGAAACCAAAUAAUAGUUUGAAUCAAAAUUUCUCAUUGUUGCAUCAGAAGCAUUCCAUGAAGGGUACUGAGAUUGAUUCUAGUAAUAGGGGCUUAGAGAGAUUUAAAGGACCGGAUUGCAAUCUGGACUCUCAGGGAACUCCUAUGACAGGACAGCAGUUGCAUAUGGCUAUAAUACUGUGGCCAGGGAUGCAUCAGUUGAUCAUACCUUAGUUGCAUCUGAAAAUUCUGAAGAUUCUAAGAUACCAAAUGGAUAAUAUGAAAUGAAAUGCAUCUUCUCAA